AUGUCGGUUGGAACUGGGACGCACGCGGCAUUCUUCUAUGGCACUCUCAUGCAUCCCAAGAUACUCCGCAGAGUGAUAGGGCACGAGGGCGACCGACUGGAGAUCUGUCCAGCGGUUCUCAUGGAUCACACCCGUCAUCAUGUCAAACAUGCAGACUAUCCAGCCGUUCUCCCUUACGAAAAGAGCAAGGAACUCUUUGAACGCGGAUUAUCUCGGGAAGAAAAAUCUGUCCGAGGCACCUUGGUAGUCGGCUUGACAAACAAGGAUAUUCAUUUCCUUGAUGUCUUCGAAGGAAAUGUUUGUGUUUUCACUGGUCAUCGUCCCUGA